UCCCCUACCCGCUGCCGCCCGUCACUGUUAAAAGUUUUCUUUCGGGACAAUGUUUACAUUUAAUAAUCCCCUGCCUCAUUCAUAACCGACAAUUCAAACAACUGCCUUCGAGCGGCCAAGCGGGCGGGGUUGAGUCCUCUUUGGGCGCGAAUGACCCUGUCGACCGAGCCGGGACCUCCAGCGACCCAGGGAUAAAACUUUCGUAUCAGAGCGUCGUCUCAAACAAGACUGGAGUAGCGGCAGUUGGGAGGUGAACUCGGACGUCUCUAGUUGUUGUAGGGACUUUCAAGUAUAAUAACAUUUAUUAUUCUUUUUCUGUGCGGAACCGACGUUGCGGAGGCAGCGGGAAGACGCGAGGGGAAGGAUUAGAGCAGGGCGCGCGUUGCCAUGGCGGAGGAGGCGGCGGUGGAGGAUCGACCCCCGGUGGUCGAGGCCGCACCAGAUGCAUUAAAUGGUGAUAGUUUUAAGAAGCCCUUGCUCCCUUUGGCUCCAUUGCAGAAGAAAGAGAAGACUAUCCAACUAAGGCCCCUCAUCAUCCAGCACAGAAACAACUGAAAGUGUUAAAUUUACUGAAGUGCCUACAAAGAAUGAGGCAGCAACUGCAGAGAGCUUUGCGGUGCAUGAGCAAGUAGCUCAGUCUAAGUCUGAAGGAAAUUCCGUAGAAGAUCAGGCACUCAUCAAAAUCCUCGCCCCAAAUCUGGAUUGCCAGUGACUAAGCCCAGGUCCAUUCCCAGGUUACCUUCUGACAAAUACAAACCCCGCCCUCCACUCCCGUAUGUGGAGCCACCGUGGGGGGGUUUAGCAGAAGCUCCCUACAGCUUUGAAGUUCUCAAGAAUGGCAGCAUUGUCUCGGAGAUCAGCCUGAAUCUGAAGAGCUAUUACGUUGUCGGAAGGCUUCCUGUCUGCGACAUCUCUCUUGAACAUCCUUCCAUUUCCCGCUACCAUGCCGUAGUACAGCACAGGCGAGUCGCCGAUGGGGAAAGCAGCACCGGGUUUUAUAUUUAUGACUUGGGGAGCACACAUGGAACAAUGAUAAACAAAGAAAAAGUGGAGCCAAACUGCUACCACCGGCUUAAAGUUGGCCACGUUAUUAAAUUUGGAGGGAGCACAAGACUCCUGAUUUUACAGGGACCAGAAGAGGAUGAAGAAGCAGAAUCUGAAUUCACUGUGACUGAACUGAAACAAAUGAGCCAGCAGCACAAGCAGCUGGAGAAACGAAUGCUGGGAGAAGAUUCAGAUGAGGAAGAUAAUGCCGGCUCUGAGUCAGUAGAGCAGCCAAGGGAGCCUGUGGCCAAAGCUGCCUCUGGGUGCACGUGGGGAAUUGUGGAGGAUGCUGUGGAGGAUGAAAGUGAAGAGAACCCAUAUUCCAUUGAAUUCCAGGAAGACCGAGAAGCAUUUUAUAUCAAAGACCCCAAGAAGGCACUUCAGGGCUUCUUUGACAGAGAAGGUGAGGAGCUGGAAUACGAGUAUGAUGAGCGAGGCUCCGGUACUUGGGUCUGCAGAGUCAGGCUACCGGUGACUGAUGCGCUAGGAAAAGAGCUUGUUGCAGAAGUGACACACAGUGGCAAAAAGAAAGAAGCCAUGGUUCAGUGUUCACUGGAGGCCUGCAGGAUAUUGGAUGCCAGAGGUGUUCUACGCCUGGAGGCAGUUUCUCGGAAACGCAAAUCUAAAAAUUGGGAGGCAGAGGAUUUCUAUGACAGUGAUGAAGAUACCUUCUUAGAUCGGACAGGAGUUAUCGAAAAGAAGCGAUUCAACAGAAUGAAGAAAGCAGGAAAAGUAGAGGAGAAAGUGGAGACUUAUGACUCACUGGUUGCCAAGUUAGCUGACGUGGAAAGAAAGCUGUCUGACAUUGAAUCCAAUUUGAAGGUAUCUGGCAAAGAUUGGUCACGGACCUCUGGGGAAGAUUCACUGGAUGCCUUCAUGACUGACAUUAAAAUGGGCGCAGCCAUAGAUAGUGUCACUCGUAAAAAAUUACACAUACAGUCUUUCGAGCUGAAAAAGGAGCAGCAAAGAUUACGGAAGUUAAUAAAGAUCGUGACACCAGUGGGUCUACCAGAGCUAAAAAUAGAGAUUGCUGGACAAACUGGAGGAACAGAGACCAAAGCUAAGAAAACUGCUGUCCCUAUGUUUGGGGCAAUGAAGGGAGGGAAAAAGUUCAGGCUGAAGACGGGCACCAUUGGGGGAUUGCCACCUAAACGCCCUGAACCACCCAGUAGCUUAUUUAACAUGAAGGAAAGUCAAGCAGAGGAGGAGGAGGAGGAGGAGGAUGAGGAGGAAGCAGCCGCAGAAAAGAAUAAGCCUGAUGUUAAGUCUCAGGAAGAAGAGCUGGAACAGGAACCAGAGCUGUCUCAUUCCAAUGAUUCAUCAAAAAAUCCCAGCCAGGAUAAUGAAACAGCUUUGACCACUCAGUGUCCCGAGGAAGAUGAAGAAGCCAGAGCUCAGUCACCAGAACACCAAGAAGAUUGUAAGGACCUUCCGUCUGAGGAUUUGUCGCCAGUGAUAACAGAGUCUAAAGAUAUGAAAAAUCAAGGAAAAUCUGUGAAGAAAAUAUACGGUCCAAAGAAACCACCUCAGCAACUCCAAUCGGAACACUACCCCAGCGACGAUCCUGACUACUGUGUGUGGAUGCCCCCUUCAGGUCAAACAGGCGAUGGGAGGACACACCUGAAUGACAAAUAUGGCUACUGAGGCAGACGUUGCACUCCAGGGGCUUUGACCUCACUGAGGGAAGUUUGAAGAUGUGGCUAUGCCACCACCAUCACGUGCGGAUUCUGGGCGGCGAUGCUUCCCCAGUCCUGUAUUAAAGCUGAUAAUGGAGCUGCUGCUUGAAUCCCUGCACUCACUUCUGGGCUUCUGCUGUGUGUAAAAUGUCCACUGCCUAAAUACCCGUGCUGCCACCCUGGAGGCAGGGGAGCAACUCAGUCCUUGCCCAGUGGACCCUCACAGACAAGACGUGGCGUGAUGAGGAACAAGUCCACACCAGUGGUUCCUGGCACGGUUAUUAACAUCAUUGGCCAAAGCAUCAACUUCCACCCCUCCACCACUGCCCACCCUGCUCAGCAUCUCCACAUACAAAACGGGGGGGGGGAGAGCCUCCCUGCGAGAGAUGAAACGGGAACCUUACACUUGGUGCAUGGGGUGACCCUCCCUCUCUUUUCAUUUUCCAUUGAGUAGGAAUCUCUGCCUGCUCAAGCUAUAAACAGAGACCCAGAGACAUUUACAGCAGCCACAAGCUCAACAAAGCCAGCAGGUGACAGUGUCUGAAUGCCAGUAAUUCUGCAUUGACCAUUGAUGCAGUGGAAGUUCAGGAUGAGGUGGCUGCAAUAAGUAACCACAAGCAUGCAGUGUAUUUGCAUCUGGUUAUGACAUGUGGUAUUGUUUCAGCCAUCCCAUUGCAUCCUUCCAUGCUUGCCCAUGUUUUGUUUCUGUAACAGGAAUGUGUGGGUAUUAUACCAGAGUAACGUUCUGACCAGGCUCUCGACCCAAAGCCUUGUUUAUGUUGGAAUUUCUUGGGGUGUGUCACAGGCCAUUCUCCCAACAUUAAUAUUAGAGAGGGCUUCUGAAUGUAAUUCUAAUUCCUGAAAUGUAAUCAGAAAGCUAUCUUUGUACGCAUGCGUAUUUCAGCAACCACGUUGUGUGGUCACUUUUAAAAGGAUGCGAUCAUGCUUUUGUGGUAGCAUCCUACUGCUUUGUUAUUCUGGCAAUAAAUGUAUUUGGUUUGAAUAAUUUUUUUUAUAUUGGAUUGGUUUACUAUUGUCACAUGUACUGAGAUACAGUGAAAAGCUUUUUUGCAUGCCAUCCAGAGAGAUCAUGCCAUACGUAAUUAAAAGAAAAAAG